CUCAUAAAAUCUCUUUCAUUGGAUUUUUGAGGGGGCUCUUUGUAGUUGUUCUAUAAUUUCAAUCAUCGUCUUCCUCCACUACUCUCUCUCUGUAUCCGCUCGCUGCAAAAAGCGCUCGGAUCUCAUUCCCUCCCAUUCCCAUCACCCAAUACGCCACUACCCAUUUUCUUUAUUCUUCCAUUUCAAUUUUCAAAACCAACUUUUUCCCUUCCCCAUUUUUUCGAUUAGUCAGCCUCAAAGAUCCACCAUUUUUUUUCUCACUUUGUUCAAAGCUUCAAAGGUUGAGAGGAGAGGCUCUUUGGGUAUUAGAGAAGAGCCAGAUCUAAGAAGCAUAAGAGGGAAUUAUGUCUUUCAUUGGCACCCAGCAGAAAUGCAAGGCUUGUGCAAAGACGGUUUACCCAGUAGAGGAGCUAUCUGCAGAUGGGAUUUCCUACCACAAGUCUUGCUUCAAGUGCACUCACUGCAAAGGGACUUUGAAGCUGAGCAAUUAUUCCUCAAUGGAAGGUGUUCUGUACUGUAAGCCUCAUUUUGAGCAACUCUUCAAGGAGACCGGAAACUUCAACAAGAAUUUCCAGUCACCUGCAAAGUCAGCUGAGAAGCUAACUCCAGAACUGACUAGGUCACCCAGCAAAGCUGCUGGUAUGUUUUCUGGCACACAAGAAAAAUGUGCUACUUGUGGUAAAACCGCUUAUCCACUGGAGAAGGUGACGGUGGAGAGCCAGGCCUAUCACAAGUCGUGUUUUAAGUGUUCUCAUGGUGGCUGUCCUAUUACUCCAUCAAAUUAUGCAGCCCUUGAGGGAAUUUUAUACUGUAAGCACCAUUUCUCCCAGCUUUUCAAGGAAAAGGGGAGCUACAACCAUCUUAUUAAGUCUGCAUCAAUCAAGCGCGCAGCAGCAGCAACAGCAACAGCAGCUGCAGCAGCAGUAGCCUCCAUUCCAGAAGCCUAAAUGCCAAUUUUAUAGUUUGUUUACAUUGCUUUCUUUUGUUGAAGAUUGUGUUGUCUUUUAGACUGUACGCUUGUCAUGGCUGAGUGAGUAAACUUCGUCUGUCUUCUCUAUUGUCUUUGGCUCAAUGAACUUGGGCACAUUCUUGUGUUUGAUUGAUGUAUGUGAUGCAGAGUCUGACAGCUGUAAAACGACAUUUUUUUUGUUUUCUCGUUUCUUUUGCAGCAAGUUCAUGUUACUGUUUACAAA